CCAUCGAUCUACCGUUUGAAGUCCAAAGAAGGCAAUAAUUAACAGAAAUGAGUUACAGUUCAGAAGACACCAGCAGUCCGACAGCCGCGAAUGGCCGGAAGUUGAAGGGAGUGCGUCAGAGAAAAUGGGGCAAGUGGGUGUCGGAGAUUCGCGUCCCCGGCACGCAGGAUCGUCUCUGGCUUGGUUCUUUUUCCACUGCCGAGGCGGCCGGGGUGGCUCGCGACGUCGCUUAUUAUUACUUACGUAAGCCUUCCACUCUUGAGGGGCUCAACUUUCCUACAAUCUUGCCCUGUUCCGUUAACCAAGCGGCAGACAUGUCGCCCAGGACGGUACAGAAGGCGGCUUCGGAUGCGGGUAUGGCCGUCGAUGCUCGGCUGAUCAAUGCUAACAGUCACAGUAAGCGCUCGUUGCCGCAGAAUUCGAACUGGAGACAGGCCAACGGAAGUGAGCCACGUUGGGAGGAUGGCGGUGAGAGUUCAGCCGCCACCGGUGGCGAGGAGCUGAGCAUUUCCAUUGAGGACUAUCUUUAGCCAGCUGAUAGUUGAAAAUGUCGGACUAUUUUUUCCGGGUUGACGGUCUUUCGACGACUGUCAACGCUGGCUGUCUUUUCCGGCGGUGGGAAAUGACGACCGGGGUUGCGUCAUAUGUAUUAGCAAUUUUAGCAUUACGUGUUGUGUAUGUGUAAAGUAGGGGUCACUCGAACUGUAGGUGAGUUCUGUACCCCAGAAAUGGAAACAUAACUGAUAAUGAUCGAUUCGAAAUAGAAAGCUUGUUUUGAUUUUAAGUUGAGCUUUGACUUCCGAAGGCAAAACGAACUUGUGAUUUGCUAAGAACCUAGAUCCAUCAGGUCAGCUAUAUAUGACCACUUAUAGUUGUUGGUUGUUUAUUUCAAGUUUUCAACUCGAUCCUUAGGGUACGUCACACGUGAGAUAUGUAAUAUUAGUCAUGAAACGGAGGAUAGCUCUCCAAGUCUCGGAUACUAUAAGAGUAUAUUUGAAGACCACGUUUUCGUUACUGUUUAAUCUUAAUUC